AUGUCAUAUAAUUCAUUAACAACAAUUGAUAUUGAUAUCACUCAGUUAUUACAUUUGAAAUCUGUUAAUCUUAGAUCAAAUAAAUUAGGUAAUAGUAGUGGUGUUUCUUAUUUUGGUUCAAUGGAUACUUUACAAAAAUUGAAUUUAAAAGAGAAUUAUUUAACAGAAUUACCAAGUACUUUUUAUUUAUUAAAAUUAUCCUCUUUAAAAUUAGAUACUUUUACCCCUCUUUAUCAACAGCAACAACAACAACAAAAUCAACUUCAACGUCCAAUAAUUAAUUCUCAAAGUACUAGUAAUGAAUCAUUAAUUCAUGAAAUUAAUAGGUCAUUUGAAAAUUUAUCAAUGUCUGAACCAGUUUCACCAAGAAUUGCAGCAUUGAAAAAUGAAAAGAAAGGACCACCAAAACCAUUACCAAAAACAAAAGGUUUACAUAGUAGUAGUUCUAAUAUAAAUACAAGUAAUAAUAUAACACCAAUUCUAAUGAGUCCAAUUCAUGAUGGAAAUAAGAAAUCACCAUCAAUUAUUAGUAAUAAUAAUAAUAAUAAUAAUAGUAAUUCAAAUAUAAUUACAAGUAAUGGAACAGUAAUACCACAAUUAGUUUUUAAAAAUGAACCAACAGGAGGAAGAUUAAGAUCAUUUACAUUGGAUGCUGAUCAUAUUAGUCCAGGUAGAGAAUUAGUUUCAACUGGUUCAUCUGAUGAAAUUCUUUAUUUCAAUAGUGAAGGUGGUUGUGAAAAUUCAGAUUCUGACGAACCAAUCCAACCUCUAAGUGCAGGAAGAUCAAGAGCUCAAACUAUUAGUGGAAAACAACCAUCAAUUAUCAAUAAUAAUAAUAAUAAUAAUAGUGGUGGUGGUAGUGGUAAUAAUAAUAAUAGUGGUGGUGGUGGUGGUUCUAGAAAAGCAUUCCAAAAUUUAAUUAAAAGUGCAAAACAAAUUGGUUCAAAUAUAAAGAAUAAAACUCAUCAUAUUAAUGGUCAUUCAAGUAGUAGUCAAUCAAAUUCAACAACAAAUACACCUUCAAUAAGUUCAACACCAUACCCAACAUCAACAAUUAAAACUAAUGUUUCAGAUACAAAUACACCUGUAAAUUAUAAUGGACAACAACAAAUAUCAAAAGUUAUUCAAAGAGUUAGUGGUGAAAUAGAUCCACUUUAUUCAGGUAUUGACUCACCAAGAACAUUGGAAAGAAGAAAUAGUUCAAGAGAUGAUAUUCCAAUUAGUCCACCACAAGGCUGUAUGACACCAAUUAAAAGAUUAGGUUCAGUUGAGGGCGAUGAAAUUUCUGCUAUUUUCUCAUCAUCCACUGAUGCAAAUAUGGAUGUUAGUCAAGACUAUUCUUCAUCAACACCAACUGUUAAUUCAAUGUCUUAUCAAUCUUCAUUUUUAGAUACAUUUGAUAAUCAAUCAACUGUUGGUUCUCCAACUUUCUAUCAAUUACCAGUUUCAUCGCAACCACCUCAACAUCCACCUCCUCCACCACCAAUAAAAGAUAAUAAUCAACCUAAAUUAAAUCAAUCUCAAAAUUUAAUUAAUACAAAUUCAAAUAGUGUUACUACAACCAAUAAUAGUAGUCAAACAACUACAACUACCACCACUACAACAACAAAUAAUAAUAAUGUUUUAAAUUUAGAAAAAUUACAUAAAUUAGAUUUUGCUGAAGAUAUAAAUGGUGAUGAAAGAUGUUCAAAUCCACUUUAUUCAAAAAAGAAAUUAGCAGGCUUAUUAUUCCCAAAUAAACAUCAUCAACCAUCAGCAUUGAAAACUGCAAAAAUAAGAUUUAAGAGUUCAAAGAGAUUAGCUACAACUGUUAAUUCAAAUUCUUCCAAUAAUUUAAUGAUGUCAAAUUCACCUUUGUCAUCGUCAUCAAUGAAUUUAUUACAACAAUCAAAUUCACCACAAUAUAGUGGUACACCAACUUCUGGUUCAUUCCAAAACCAAUCGGUUUUAUCAGCAACAUUAAUGAGUUCACCAUCAAUGUCUGAUGUUUUCAGUGGUGGUAAUUCUCAAGGAGGUGGAUCAUCAUUAUCACAAUCUGGUUCAAUCACACCAGUUGCACCAUUAUCAGCAGUUCAGGGUUCACCAAUUGGAAAUAGUGGUAGUGUUAAUAAUAUUUAUUUGGAGGGUGAUGAUUUCAUUAGAGAUUUAAUGCAAAGUCCAAUCAUUAAUCAAGAAAUUGAAUUUACAUCAGAAGAUGGCGUGCCAAAGGUUAAGAAUAUUACUUUAAAAAUGUUAACCUCUUUAUUAACUCAUGAAAAAGGUCAAAGUAAUGAAUUAAAUGGUAUUUUCUUUGAUACUUAUCUUUUAUUCACAUCAAUUCCAUUAGUAAUCGAACAUUUGGAAUCAAGAUUUUUAAAUGGUAAAAAUCAUAUUGUAAAACAAAAGGUUAUAACAUUUUCACAAAAAUGGGUUGAAGUUUGUUGGUCAGAUUUUAAAGAAGAACAUAUUGAAUUAUUAUUAAAAUUUUUAAAUGAUUGUUCAGAACAAAUUGAAAAAUUAGUAACAGGAUCAUUUGCAUUAAGAACAUCAUUAAAUUUAUUAUUAAAUAUUAUAAAUAUGAAAAGAGAUGGAACUUAUAUCACAGAAGAGGAAGAAACAUUUGAACAACCAGCACCAAUUCCAGAUUUUAUUCAAUUACCAAAUUGUGUUGAUAUAAAUUUAAUGGAUUUAAGACCUCACGAAAUUGCUAGACAAUUAACAAUACUAGAUCAUGAAUUAUUAACUCAAAUUACAAAGCAACAAAUGUUAGAUUAUGCAGUUCAUCAAACAAAUUCACCUUCAAUAGUUAAAGUUACUGAUAGAUUUAAUUAUUUAGUACUUUGGGUUUCAACUGAAAUAGUUUUAAGUUUAACAAUUGAAAAAAGAAUUGAAACAAUAUUUAAAUUUGUUAAUAUUGCAUUGAAUUGUUGGUAUUUAAAAAACUUUAAUAGUGCAAUUGCAAUUAUAGCAGCAAUGAGUAAACCAUCAAUUGAGAAAUUAAAACAAACAUGGGGUUUCAUUAGAAAUACAAAAGCAAAUGCACCAAUUCAAGAGUUAAAAGAAUUAAUUUUACCAACAAAUGUUGCAAGACUUAGAAAGAUUAUGGACUCAGUUGAAGCUCCUUUCAUUCCUUAUUUGGGUGCAUACUUUAGUCAUUCAAUAGCAAUUCAUGCAGGUAAUAAAUCAAUUGUAAAUGAACAAUAUAUUAAUAUGCAAAAAUAUGAUAUGAUGGGGAAAAUCAUUAGAUCAAUUACUGUUGCUCAAGAAAAGAAAUAUAAUUUAACACCAGUUGGUGUAUUACAAAAGUUUUUAACAGAUUCUUUUGUUCUUACAGAGAAACAAUUAUAUUCUGAAGCUUCAAAGAUUGAAGAAAAAGGUGAUUCUUAUAUUACAGAAACAACUAAAUUUGGUUCAAUUUUUAAAAAAAAAGAUAAAUAA